CAUGGGCUCCUGUUGAUUUUACCUCCUAACUAGCUGCUGAAUUCGCUCUCUUCCCGCCCCACUAGUCUGUCUGUCUUAUCUGAAUGCCAUUUCGUUUCUAAACAGGUUCCAACACUCUCACACACACACACACACACACACACACACACACACACACACACACACGCACGCACGCACGCUGUCUUUCCCCUCCCCCGCAGCUCGAGUGCUCUUUAAGAAAACCAAAUCUGAUAAAGUGGCUCCCCAGCUUAACACUCUCUAAUGGCUUCUUCCUGCCUUGAGGAAUGAGGUUCAGGUCCUUAUAUGGCCUCAAGGCUCUCCACCUUCUGGACUCUGCCCAUCUGCCCAACCUCUUCUUGUAUUAUUUCCUUUGUUGUUCUCUGUUGCCACAACACUGGCCUCGCCUGGAAGCCCCCAGCCUCUCUCCACCCAGACACUCGGCUAAGUCAGAAGUUAAGAACUAUCAGCCCAAGGGCCAGGGUGGCCAACCUUUUUUUUUUUUUUUAAAUUGAACUCACAAAAUGAGCAGAUCUUAAGUGUUUUUUUCUGCAGGUACAUUUAAAAAAUUGUUUCCUUGGCAGCAUUUAAAAAAUGAGUGGCCUCCAUGAAAAUCCAGGUUUCUGGUUCCUUUUGGAAGGUCAGCAUUUGGCCACAUGGACCUCUGUUCUUGACGGCACCCCUCUGGUUGGAGCCCUGCCACAGUCCCGCCAGGCCCCCUUCCUCUUUACCUUUAUAGGGCCCACUGGCAGGGACUCCUGCCAGGCCCGUGCUGUCCAUUCCUCUCCAAGUCUCAGCUGAGAUGAUGCUUCAGGGACGCUUUCCGAAUCCCCUCACACUAGACAAAGCCACCCAGCUACACCUCACGCAAGCCCAUGAGCUUACUUCUUUGUAGUCCACCCAUGACUUGAUUAACGUCUGCGUUUCCCACCAGGCUGUGGGCUCCUUGGGGCUAGGCACCAAGUCUGCCUUGCUCUUGCCCUAACCCUCAGUGCCUGGCUAGAGACGACUUCAGUAAACAGUGGAAUGAAGGAGCAGUGUGGGAGUCAGUAGGAAAUGAAACAUUUGCUCAUGUUCAGCAUGUCUGGAGAGAGGCCUGGAUGGUAAGGAGUAGAGGUUGGUGAUGCCAGAGAGGAGCCCCGGCCUUCACACUGAGCUGAAGAGUAACCCUUAGUGUGAGCCAUUGGAGGCUUUUAAAUCUGCGAGGCUUUAGGUCAUUGACACUUUUCAAAGCUCCUUCUGGAACCACGUGAAGGGCCGCCUCCAGGGGACCCGGACAGGAAGGGCCACCUUGGGAGACUGAGGGCCUGACCUCCAGCAGGGAUGAGAAGUUGCGAUGGGUGCAGGGUCGUCUCCUAGCUGUGGCACAGCUCGUGAGGACGGAACCCGGCUCACGCAGGGAAGCUUCACUGCUGGGAGGAGCAGGAAGGGAGGAAAGUAGGUGGGGUAACUGGGCUCUAGGGGGGUGGCCGGAGGGAUGAUAGUGCUAGGUGGGAAAAGGAUGAAUGAGUAAAAGGGAAGGACUGCCCAGGCAGAAGCUUUUGGUGAAUUUUUACACAUUCAGACAUUGCAGUAAGUUAACGGCAUUUGGCCCAAUCACCGAGCAGAUGGGUUCUAGAAGAGCUGACUCUCAGCUCCAGGAAUUAGGCUUGCCCUCCCUGGACAGGCCCUGCAUGCAUCGGCCAUCCCAGGUGCUCCACCCCAGGGUUCUAAGUACCUGGACUCCAGGCUGGGGGGAGGUGGUGCGCAUAUGAACCUCCCACAGGUACGAGUCUAUCUGGCUCUUGAGAGGGGAUGGGUGCUUCCCUCCUGGAAUCAUCUUCCUGUGAAAGCAAGAUACAUAAAUUUAAACUUACACUUGGGGUCCUUGAACCUUGCAGGAGGAUCUCUUUUAAACUCACCUCACCGUUCAGGAACCAGGUCAGCUCAGCAAGGGCCGGACCGAGGUCUAGAGCAGUGACACUGGGGCCCUGUGAUUGGCCUCCGAGGCGGCAGCAGCCGGCAGUGCUGGCUGCAGAUGCCAACGUGCGGGACAAGAGCUAUGCAGGGCCCCUGCCCAUCUUCAAUCGCAGCCAGCACGCACAUGUCAUUGAAGACCUGCACUGCAAUUUGUGCGACGUGGAUGUGAGCGCUCGCUCCAAGCACUGCAGCGCCUGCAACAAGUGCGUGUGCGGCUUCGACCACCACUGCAAGUGGCUCAACAACUGCGUGGGCGAGAGGAACUACCGGCUCUUUCUACACAGCGUGGCGUCCGCCUUGUUGGGUGUCCUGCUCCUUGUGCUGGUGGCCACGUAUGUCUUUGUGGAGUUCUUUGUCAACCCCAUGCGACUGCGCACCAACCACCAUUUUGAAGUCCUGAAGAAUCACACAGAUGUGUGGUUUGUGUUCCUGCCGGCCGCCCCCGUGGAGACCCAGGCUCCUGCCAUCCUAGCCCUGGCCGCCCUCCUCAUCCUUCUGGGCCUGCUCUCCACCGCCCUGCUCGGCCACCUGCUCUGCUUCCACAUUUACCUCAUGUGGCACAAGCUCACCACCUACGAGUACAUCGUGCAGCAUCGCCCACCACAGGAGGCAAAGGGGACCCACAGGGAGCUGGAGUCAUGUCCCCCCAAGAUGCGGCCCAUUCAGGAGAUGGAGUUCUACAUGCGGACCUUCAGCCAUGUGCGCUCAGGGGCCUCUGGCCAGGUCAGGCCCGCCACAGCGAAUGCCAAUCCCUCUGGGUUCCUCGCCACCAGUGGCCACGUGGAGCCUCCACCACCGUCCUCCCCAGAGACUCUGGCUCUGCCCCCCAGGAUGCGACCCCAGGGUGGCAUGGCAGCGAGCACAGAUGUGGCCGGGCUGGAAGAGAGCUUCCGCAAGUUUGCCAUCCAUGGCGACCCCAAGGCCAGUGGGCAAGAGAUGAAUGGCAAGAACUGGGCCAAGCUGUGCAAGGACUGCAAGGUGGCUGAUGGAAAGGCCGUGACAGGGACCGACGUUGACAUUGUCUUCUCCAAAGUCAAGGCAAAGUCUGCUCGGGUCAUCAACUAUGAGGAGUUCAAGAAGGCCCUGGAAGAGCUGGCGAGCAAGCGGUUCAAGGGGAAGAGCAAGGAGGAGGCCUUCGAUGCCAUAUGCCAGCUGGUGGCAGGCAAGGAACCGGCCAAUGUGGGCGUCACCAAAGCAAAAACAGGGGGCGCUGUGGAACGGCUGACCGACACCAGCAAGUACACGGGCUCCCACAAGGAGCGCUUCGACGAGAGCGGCAAGGGCAAGGGCAUUGCUGGGCGGCAGGACAUCCUGGACGACAGUGGCUACGUGAGUGCCUACAAGAACGCAGGCACCUAUGAUGCCAAGGUGAAGAAGUAAAGCCUCGGGAGGCCCCCAGCACAGCUGCCCCCACCAGAGGCUCAGGUCUGGGCCUAAGGGGCAUGUGGAGCAAGAGAGCCCGGUCUCCCUGCUGGACCUGCCACCCAGCGCUUACUGCCCAGCCUCAUGGAGCCAGCCCACCAGACCUCUGACCCAGACUGCUCUGCGCCUCCUUCCCUUUCCUCGUCCCUCCCUAUCCUCUGUCCACCUGGGGAGAAUCUGUGCCUAUAGCCUCACCGCCCUAACCUAGCCCUGGGCAUGGCUGACCCCUGCCUGCUUGCCUCAUAUUUAAGCUGCUGCUCUGGCCAAGUGCCUAAAUCUUACCCAGACCUCAAUAAAGACACCUUUUGUACCAA